AUGGCGCCUGCCCGGACUUCUCGCGGAAAAGCUCCGAAAACUCAUCAUGACUCCGGUCGGACUCUUAAGCGAAAGCGUGGCGAGGACACACUCUCUUCGCUCGUUCAACGCGUCGAAGAUCUGGACUUGAAAGCCACCGUGAAGAACUUCUCCGAUCUCCCACUCUCCGAGCCCACCCAAAAGGGCCUCGCAGCCUCGCACUUCAAGACCUUGACCGACAUCCAGCAGCGCGCUAUCGUUCAUUCUCUCAAGGGUCGCGACAUUUUGGGUGCUGCGAAGACUGGAUCAGGAAAAACCUUGGCCUUCAUUAUUCCCGUCCUCGAAAAUCUAUACCGUCGGCAGACGACCGAACUCGAUGGCUUAAGUGCACUCAUUCUCUCCCCUACACGCGAACUGGCGAUUCAAAUUUUCGAGGUGUUGCGCAAAGUUGGCCGUUACCAUGCCUUCUCCGCUGGCUUGGUUAUCGGUGGAAAGAGUCUGCGCGAGGAACAAGAUCGACUGGGUCGCAUGAACAUCCUGGUCUGCACGCCGGGUCGUAUGCUGCAGCAUCUGGAUCAGACAGCCAUGUUCGAGACACACAAUCUGCAGAUGCUCGUUUUCGAUGAAGCCGAUAGAAUUCUCGAUAUGGGAUUCCAGAAGACCGUGGAUGCGAUUAUCGAUCACCUUCCCAAGGAGCGCCAGACUAUGCUGUUCAGUGCUACGCAGACAAAGAAGGUCUCUGACCUGGCACGUCUCAGUCUAAAGGAUCCCGAAUACAUCGCUGUUCACGAAGCAGCCGCCUCGGCCACACCGUCGACUCUCAAGCAGCACUAUGUAAUCACUCCUCUCGCCUCAAAGCUCGAUACCUUGUGGAGCUUCAUCCGAAGCAAUCUCAAGUCCAAGACCGUCGUCUUCUUGGCCUCAGGAAAGCAGGUACGAUUUGUGUACGAGUCAUUCCGACACUUGCAGCCCGCUGUAGACUGGGUCAUUCAAAUGGACUGUCCCGAAGAUGCCGACACGUACAUUCAUCGGGUAGGACGUACUGCUCGUUACGAGCGUGUCGGCCGUGCUGUGCUAUUCCUUGACCCCAGCGAGGAGAAGGGCAUGUUGAGCCGACUCGAGCAAAAGAAAGUGCCCAUUGAAAAGAUCAACAUCAAGGCGAGCAAGCAGAGCAGCAUUAAAAAUCAGCUGCAAAACAUGUGUUUCAAAGAUCCGGAAUUGAAGUACUUGGGUCAAAAGGCUUUCAUCUCUUACGUCAAAUCGUGCUUCGUGCAACCCGACAAGACGAUAUUCAACAUUAAGGAACUCAAGCUGGAAGACUUUGCGGCUAGUCUGGGUCUUCCUGGUGCUCCUCGCAUCAAGUUCAUCAAGGGAGACAAUACGAAGGAGCGCAAGAAUGCUUCUUGGAAGAUGGCUCACCUCUCUAGCGGUGAGGACUCAGAUGAGGAGGGCGAAGGCAAGAAGAAGGAGAAGAAGGAUGAGAACCAGGUGCGAACCCGCUAUGACCGCAUGUUCGAGCGACGAAACCAGGACGUCCUGGCGGAACAUUAUCACAAGCUCAUCAACGAUGACGGCACCAUGGUUGCGACCGGAGCCGGCGAUGGCGCUGGUGAAGACGCCGACGAGGAUGCCGACUUCCUGUCUGUCAAGCGACGCUUCGUCGCGGGUGAUGAGGACCUCGGCCGCCAGAGUGAUUCUGACUCGGACGAAUCUGUCGAGGAAGCGAAGCCAACCAGGAUGGUGCAAAUUGACGGCCAGGAGCCGCUGGUUAUCGACUCCAAGCGUCGCGAGAAGCUCCUCAAAUCAAAGAAGAAGUUGCUCAAGUUCAAAGGCAAGGGUACCAAGUUGGUGUACGACGAUGAUGGUGUUGCCCACGAGAUCUACGAGAUGGAGGACGAGGAGGCAUUCAAGGCCCGUGGCGAUGCCAAUGCCCAGCGCCAGCGCUUCGUGGAAGAGGAGAUCGAGCGUACUCGCCGUGCCGAUAUCGAGGACAAGGCGCUCGUGCGCGAGAAGAAGCGCGAAAAGAAGGAAAAGCGCAAGGCACGCGAUCGUGCGCUUGCCGAGGAGGAGGCCGAGGAGGAAUCCGGUGUUCAGGGUCUGCCUUAUGUGCCCUUCGAGAUUCCAGGAUCCGAUUCAGGCUCCGAGGCGGAAGAGCACCGGGCCAGCAAGAAGGCACGCGUCACUUUUGCCGACCCCAGCAGCGACGAGGACGAGAGCAGGAGCAAGAAGAGCAAGAAGGCCAAGAGAGCAGAGCCUCAAAUCGAGACGCUCGGAGAUCUGGAGGCUUUGGCCAGUGGAUUGCUGGACUAA